UUUGUUGCAAGUACACGUAUCCGGCAUUUAUAAAAUUUGCGGGUUCACGCUUUGCCCAGCGUGUAGAUUUACCUGUAGUUGUGUACAAGGGACAGUGAAAUAAACUCGUCAGUGCCGUGCCAGAGUCAGAGUCUGCAGCCGAAGCAGUUUGAAGUUAAAAUAUUGCGAAAUACACACGGUUUCGCAAUAAAACAUAUUAUUAAUUGUACAGAAACGCCUGGAAACAUUGCAUUAACCAAAUAAUGUCCGACGAAACUGGCGCACAGAAGCCGGAGACGGUGCUGGACAACAGCAGUGUUGAGGAGGCGGCGUUGGAUGAGAAAAAAACACCCAAACGCACACCGAAACGACGCUCGUUCAUAGAACGGGCACAGCGGGAAAGCGAAGAGCUGGUACGAACUAUGGGCGGCAGCUUGGAGCUAGAGGGUGGACGUCGCACGCGAUCCAGUACUCGCGGCACACCAACACGGGCCGCUGAGACUGUUACACCGCCGCCCAACAAGAAGGCACGCGCGUCGCCGACGACAGCCACAAAGAGCGGUGGCGGCGGCGGCGCCGGGAAAGGUCGCGGUGCGCGCAAACUAGACGUGGGCAGCGAUGAGUUCGACCGGGAGCCGGAGAAAGCCAACGAUGAAGAGAAGGUGGUUCUGCCGGUCAAGGCAAAGGCUACUCCCAAGAAAGAUAAGAAGGAGGUGAAGAGAGAAGAGAAGCCAGUCAAAGGUACUCCUAAGAAGGCAGUUCCAGCCACCACCACAGAGCCCCAAAAGGAGGAGGAGCCUGCUGACGCAAAAGAAACAGAUGCCAAGUCAAUCGAAAAUGAGGAUCAGACAGAUGGUGCUGCUGCCAAGCUGACAGCUGUGCCCGAGGAGCAACAGAACCACGCUGCGGAGGACAAAGCAAGCAAAGAUGAGCCCGAGGUGAAGGAGAAAACGCCAGAAGAAGUGCCAAAGGCUGAAGACCCACCGAAAAGUAACGAUGAUCCUGAAAAUGGUGCUAGUACAGACACUCCUGCCCCAGCUGCUGCCGCGGAUCCAGCUCCCGCAGCCAUGGAAGUGGAUGAAGAGAAGCCAUCAGCAGCAUCGGCAGACAAUAAAACUGAAGCCGAAAGCGCACCCGAAGCUACUUCAGAGCCGCCUGCGACUACCGCAGCUGAUAAGGCAGCGGAGGAGCCAAAAAAGCUUUCGGAACCCGCCCGGGAUCCCUCACCCGAGCCCAUGGAGGUGGAUUCGAGUUCCAAGAGUAGUACAGAAACUGUUCGAUUCACACCAGCCGAAAAGGUCGUAGCAAGCUCAGAAGCAACAAAAGCCAGCAAUAAUGUUGUCGAUGAAGUCGCCACUGAGGUUAAAAAGGAUGUGCCAGCCGAGUCCAAGGAGGAAAAGGACGCAGAAAGUUCAGACGAGCUCAAAAGCACGGAAGAGCCGAAGCCAGCUGAGAGCGCCGAAGAAUCCAAGAAAGCCGAACAGACAACGGGGGAGAAAGCCACUCCAGCUGCGUCGGUUCCUGCUCCUGUCCCUGCCACCAACGAUGUUAGCAAGACGGAACCGGCUGCGGCCGUUGAUACCACAGUCGUGUCAGAGACGCCCAUUAAGCAGGCACAGUCCAUCAGUGCUGUCAACAAAUCCGAGCUUAAUGUGAAUGGUGAACCAAAAAUCGUUAACAAUUCCGUCGACGUCGAUGCAGCGCCGAAGGUGUGCAAUUAGGCCGAUCGGAUGAUGGAAGUCCAAUUACUAAUCAGUGCGUGGCAGCAUCUUCCAUCUUCAGCUGGGCCGUCGACUCAGGCAAAGAUGUCGCCAACUACAAGCAAUCAUUUAAGAGUUAACAACAACACACCCACAGAUAUACAGAUUCCAUUCUCUCCACACAACAGACAACUUAAUUCGUUCUGUACCCGACAAAAUUAAAAUGAUAUCAAUAGGUUCGUGUCUUCCAGUUUUUGGUUGAUUAAUGAUAAGGAGCGCCAUAAGAUGCAAUCGAUGCUGGAUUUUCAAUGUUGCACUGUGUGCGCCACAGAUAGACAGACAGACGAAAAAACAGACCCCCCAAACCACCGCUCUGCCCCGACACUCUCUUCCCUUUCCCCGCACCUGCACACACGAAAAUACACAGACAGAUUGUGAAAUGCAUCUUAAAUAUAAUAUGUAUGUGUAUAAUUAAUUCAAUUGGAAUCAAACAAAAGAUGAAUACAUUGACACGAAAAUGUAUGUAAACUAUA